AUGCAAUUUUGCGUCUGCAACGCAAUCCCACCUAACACGACACAAGCGAGUCCACACUGGAGAAAAGCCUUACAUGUGUCCUUGGUGUGA